AUGCACAAAUCUCAACGAAGCAACGGAGAAAACAACCACAGUUCGAACCCGGAGACAGAAACGGUAGCAGAACAGCGCUUCUCUCCCUCGCUGCCGAAGGAAACGAGCAGACGACGAGUAGAUUACGAGUGGAUUACCGGUAGACGACGAGUAGAUUACGAGUGGAUUACCGGUAGACGACGAGUAGAUUACGAGUGGAUUACCGGUAGACGACGAGUAGAUUACGAGUGGAUUACCGGUAGACGACGAGUAGAUUACGAGUGGAUUACCGGUAGACGACGAGUAGAUUACGAGUGGAUUACCGGUAGACGACGAGUAGAUUACGAGUGGAUUACCGGUAGACGACGAGUAGAUUACGAGUGGAUUACCGGUAGACGACGAGUAGAUUACGAGUGGAUUACCGGUAGACGACGAGUAGAUUACGAGUGGAUUACCGGUAGACGACGAGUAGAUUACGAGUGGAUUACCGGUAGACGACGAGUAGAUUACGAGUGGAUUACCGGUAGACGACGAGUAGAUUACGAGUGGAUUACCGGUAGACGACGAGUAGAUUACGAGUGGAUUACCGGUAGACGACGAGUAGAUUACGAGUGGAUUACCGGCCGCCUACGCUGCACUCCAUCAGGCAAAUUGCAAGAUCGCUGGUAG